AUGGCGGGGCGCAGCUCUCUGAUCGCCUCGUCCUCUCUCACUGUUGCGCUGCCAUCAAUGAGAGCGCAGGCGAUGGCGCCAACAGCGGCUUCUUUCUCCGCUCCGCUGCGCACAGCACAACGGCACAAGUCCUUCGCGGAGACGAUCCACAACAUGACUAUCAUGCGUAUGGGGUCCUCGUACAAGCCCAAUAGGUACAGCUCCAAGGACGUUAGCUCAGGCCCGUGGGCCGGCAUUGGCCAUGACCCUGUCUUCGCCAACUACCUUGCGAACAAGAUUGUGGGGCCGCUGCGCCGCAAGCAGAGCAACUCACCUGAGGACUUCCUUAAUGUGGACGAGGCUAGUAAGUGGAUGGACGCCAAGAGCGCUGCAAAGGUACUCGGGAUUAAGGAGGAAGAGCUGCCCAAGUUGACCAAGAUGACGCUGGAGGAUAAGUUCAGAAAGGAGUACGCGGAACGCACCAAUGCGCAUCAAGAGGAGGUGGUGAUCGCAACGGAGGUUCUUCUGGAGUACCUUGACUCGUCCUUGUACGUGAAGAAGAGUAAGCAGUACUACCGCAAGUUUCUGGAGAACGCCAGGCUUGAGGUGGAUGCGGAUCUGACCAGAGUGCGGCGCGAGCGAAAUCAGUCGCUCAUGUGGUGGUUCAGUAUCGCUAUCACCGGCGCCUGCGCCGUCAUCAUCUUUGUCGCCUACGCCCGCAUGUAUGUUACGCGUGACGACAUGGCCAGAAUCGGUACCAAGACGUCCGAGUACUUCUUGAUGACAUUUCUUCAGCCCAAGAACCCGGAGCCGAAGCCGGAUUACCAUACCCGGUACUUCAACACCCCCACCUCCCUGGAGCUGGACAAGAAGAGCGGCCGGUAUAACCAACAGUUUCUGGGGACAGAGGAGGCUCGCCUGGCCGAACGCUCCACGGCGUACAGGGAGCAAGAGGAGGCAGAGAUUCUGAAACUGUUUAAUGACGAGCGGGAGCACAGCUUACGUGACCGCCAGGAUGACAAGGCUCGCGAGAGUCGCGUCUCCGUUCACCUUCCCGAAGAUAUGGAGGGGGCGGCGAGGACUCCGCCGUCGCGGGAGAGCAGUGGCAGGACUGCAUUCGAGAGGAUAACAUUCCCCGAGUUCGCUGGGAUGCUGGCCAGCAACUUUGGCGGCGGUUCGCGCUUCCAGCGGUUGACGCAGGAGACGUCGUCGAGGAUGGAGCUUUUGAACGUUGCGCAGGAGCGACUCAAGUCAUCCCCCCCGUAG